AUGUUGAACAGUAACAGUGCAAAAUUAGAUAGCCUUGAUAGGCCUGAUAGCAAGUUAUCUGCCGAGAUCAGCACAUUCAAAAGUGAUUUGAAAUCUUCUUUUGUUACUGUUGUUGGCCAAGAAGUGAAGAAAAACAUUGAGUGUGUCAAUCUGGAAGUUAAAACGGUUAAAAGAAAACUAACUGAGUCAAUUGAUACAAAAGACAGAGAAAGAAAUAUAAUAAUUUUCAAUUUACAAGAAGUGUUGGAUAGUUUGAUGUCUAAAGAGACCGUGAUGAAAAAUGCACAAAAAUUGAAAUUAAUGUCGGUCGAACUGAGUAAAGUCUGGAUUAGCAAUGAUCUGACACCUGAGCAUUGA